AAUCUUUUAUUGCCAAACAAUGACAACAAAUAAAAGAGAGGAUGAUGAACACGAUAAAUUUAUACAGCACCCGCUUAAUUAUCAAAUCGUUUCGAAAACUAUAGUUAAAGAAAAAUUGUAUCAAUCGCAAGCAGAACAACAACAGAAAUACAAUAAUGAUUUGGAUCAUCGCACAAAAAUACGUGGAAUUUAUCAUCAGAUAAUCUCCACAUGCGCGGUUUUGCUAUUAUCGGCUGCCUGUGGUAUGCCGAUCGGUUAUUCAGCGAUUUUAUUGCCGCAAUUAUCUGCGAACAAUACUUUUGCCGAAAAUCAUGGUACGCCUGAAAUCGUUAUAGAUAUUGAGAUGGGCUCGUGGAUAGCUAGCGUUCAUAGCUUAGCUACACCUAUUGGUUCAUUUAUAUCGGGUCCUUUAGCCGAUUAUUUAGGACGUCGUUCAACUUUACUUGUUUCAGUUAUACCGGUAUUUCUGGGAUGGAUCACUUUAGCUUUGUCUCAAUCGUAUCCUAUGCUACUUGUCGGCCGUAUAUUAUGCGGUUUCGCCACCGGCAUAUUGGGUGGCCCAGCUCAGGUCUAUAUAGCCGAAACGGCCGAGCCCAAUUUGCGUAGCUUACUUAUUGGAGCGCCUUUCGUUUCUUAUUCUAUAGGCAUUUUGAUCGUUUAUGCCUUAGGUUCUGCCUAUCAUUGGCGUGCGGUUGCUUGGUAUGGAAAUGUUUUGCCAGCUUUAGCAUCUUUGGCCAUUUUCUUUAUACCUGAAUCACCGCCAUGGCUUUUAAGGCAUGAGAAACUAUCUGAAGCUCUUAAGGCUUUAACUUUUCUCAGAGGCAAUGAACUCGAGGCGCAAAAGGAACUUAACAAUAUGUCAGAACGUCUGGAACGUGAACGGGCCGCCACCACAACAAAUGAGAAUAUAUUUCAAUUGUGUUGUCAACGUGUGGCUAUUAAGCCAUUAAUAAUUGUUAUCACAUUUGCUGCCCUACAAAUACUUUCGGGCACUUUUAUUGUCGUCUUUUAUGCCGUUGAUAUUAUCGCUGAAUUCGGUGCUGAAUUUGAUACGAGAACUGCUGCAAUUUGGACGGCUGUGGUGCGCAUGUUAUGUACUUUCAUAUUCUGUGUUAUCUUAUUGUUUAUAAGAAGACGACCAAUUCUUAUACUAUCCGGUAUUGGUUCCGGCCUUAGCUGUUUAAUUUUAAGCCUCUAUAUGUUCGCCAAAGAAGGGAAAACGAAGACUAAUGUUGACAUAAUAGUGGCCGGUGUUUGCUUACUCACCUAUAUAGCUUUUAAUACAUCUUUAAUGGUUAUGCCCGGUAUUAUGAUUGGCGAAUUGUUUCCCGCUAAAAUUCGCGGCCGUACGGCUGGAGCUGUGUUCGCCGCCAUGAAUGUAGCCUUGUUUGCUUUAGCCAAAGGAUUUCCUUACAUUCAUGUUAACAUUCGGAUGAAAGGUGUUUUUCUUAUGUUUGCCGUUGCAAGUUUUCUUGUAUCGAUAUUCAUGUUCAUGUUUCAACCCGAGACGAAAGGAAGUUCUCUCGAACAAAUUGAAGAUUAUUUCAGUGAAAGCAAUUGGCUAUGGCUGAAAAGAGGAAGAAAGUAUAAAACAGUAAAGAAUAGUAACGAGGACGAAGCAUGCAUAAAUUCAUAAUUUACAAUAUAUUGUAAGCAGAUAUAGAAUGGUUAUGCCUAUCAUCGUGAAAUAGUCACAUGUUAUACCAUUAAACAGGGAAAUUUAAGAUUUUUCGUAAAUUAAGCCAGUACUUUACUACUCUAAGGUAGCUUGAGAGAGUUUGUAUUUUAUUCAAAAAUUGUGAUGUUUAAAAUAA